UCCCGUUGCCGCGGUAUUAACAAGAAUUGCCUUUGAUAUUUCUGAUGUAAUACCGUUUGAUUGUGGUUGCAAAACAAAGCAUUUGGUUUUCUGGAACUUAACAUUUGUACAGUAACUAUGAUGCAGAUACUUCGAGCCCCAUUUCAGACCUCUAUCAAACAAUUGGCGCGAUUCGUACGGCCGGCAACCUGUGCAGUCGGUAAUAUCGAACACAGAACAUUUUGUUCAACCGUGUUUACUUCUCGUACCGCUCGGAUACGGUUCAGUACCAAUGGAAGUACGGUUUCUACACCUCAGAGCUGGCUUGUAGCGUCUAGAAAUUUCUGCAGCAAAAAUGAUUCUAGUUCCGAAGAUCCCGCGGAACCUCUCGCAGAAUCGGUGAAUCAUACAAAUCAGCUUCCUGCAACUGUUGCAAUACCUGAAGUUUGGCCACACCUGCCCAUGAUAGCGACGAAACGAAAUCCCGUUUUUCCACGGUUCAUGAAAAUUCUCGAGGUGACCAAUCCAAUGCUGAUUGAUCUGAUACGUAGGAAAGUGAAGCUGAACCAACCGUACGUAGGCAUUUUUCUGAAAAGGGACGAUGAUAAUCCGAAUGAAGUAAUGGAAACUACGAAGGAGGUGUAUGACAUUGGAACAUUCGCUCAAAUACAGGAAAUGCAAGACCUUGGGGACCGUUUGCGGCUGGUGGUAACAGCACAUCGAAGGAUAAAAAUUAUUGGUCAACUGUAUGAGGAUCUUGAUGCACCUGCUAUUGGUAAGGGUAAGUAUUGUAAUGCGUUUCGCGCGGGGAUACUGAAGUCGUUGAUCGUGAUCAGCUAUUUUUCAUCCCCCCACAUUGGCAAUACACGAACCGGAUGCGGAAAAGCGUCGUCGAAAGCACAGCUACGAAAUAAGCAAAUGCGCAAUGCCAACAACGACCACUCGGCUGACGGAACUUUACUAGAGGAAGCUCCAAAGCGUCGAUUGCUUAAGGAAGGUGAACAGCAACCGCUGCUUAUGGUGGAAGUGGAGAAUGUGAAACACGAGAGCUUCAAAAAUACUGAAGAAGUUAAGGCACUUACGCAGGAAGUGAUUAAAACUAUUCGAGAUAUCAUUACCAUGAAUCCGUUGUAUCGUGAAAGUCUGCAGCAAAUGCUGCACCAAAACCAACGAGUCGUUGACAACCCGGUAUAUCUGUGUGAUUUAGGAGCUUCUUUGUCAGCUGCCGAACCAGCUGAAUUGCAAGAGAUAUUAGAAGAAAUGGACAUACCUAAGCGAUUAAUGCUAUCAUUGUCGCUAUUGAAGAAAGAACUUGAACUUUCGAAACUGCAGGCAAAGAUUGGACGCGAAGUGGAGGAGAAGGUGAAACAACAACACCGUAAGUACAUACUGCAAGAACAGUUGAAAGUCAUUAAGAAAGAGCUGGGAAUCGAAAAAGAUGAUAAGGACGCUAUUGGAGAAAAAUAUCGAGAGCGCAUCAAAGAUAAAGUGGUUCCGAAAGCUGUUGCGGAUGUAAUUGAGGAAGAACUUACCAAAUUGAACUUCUUGGAAAGUCAUAGCUCCGAGUUUAAUGUGACACGAAACUAUUUGGAUUGGUUAACUACACUUCCGUGGGGUGUGAUGAGCGAAGAAAAUUUGGAUAUUGAUCAAGCUAGCAAAAUAUUAGACGAAGAUCAUUAUGGAAUGGAUGAUAUCAAGAAGCGCAUUUUGGAGUUUAUAGCUGUUAGUCAACUGAAAGGAACGACGCAGGGUAAAAUCUUAUGUUUCCACGGACCACCUGGUGUGGGUAAAACCAGCAUAGCACGCUCGAUCGCGAAAGCGCUUAACAGGGAAUACUUCCGGUUCAGUGUGGGUGGAAUGACGGAUGUGGCGGAAAUUAAAGGCCAUCGACGAACGUACGUUGGUGCUAUGCCGGGCAAGUUGAUACAGUGUUUGAAAAAGACGAAGACUGAAAAUCCUCUUGUUUUAAUCGACGAAGUUGAUAAGAUUGGAAGAGGCUAUCAAGGCGAUCCAAGUUCUGCGCUACUGGAGUUGCUGGAUCCUGAGCAGAAUGUAAAUUUUCUUGACCAUUAUCUUGAUGUGUCCGUGGAUUUGUCAAAAGUUUUAUUCAUCUGCACAGCGAAUGUGAUCGAUACCAUUCCCGAACCGUUGCGCGAUCGUAUGGAAAUGAUCGACAUGUCUGGCUAUGUGGCGGAAGAGAAAGUGGCGAUUGCCAAGCAGUACCUCAUUCCUCAAGCUAAACGCGACAGUGGAGUUGAAGAUAAACACAUAGUCAUAACGGACGACGCAUUGAAUGCAUUAAUCAAAAGCUACUGCCGCGAGUCAGGUGUACGUAAUUUACAGAAGCAAAUCGAAAAGAUUGUGCGGAAAGUGGCAUUUAAGGUGGUGCGGAAAGAGGCUGACUUCACGGAGGUAUCAGGAUCGAAUCUCAGCGAUUUGCUAGGCAAACCGAUUUUCACCCAUGACCGAAUGUACGAAACAACCCCACCUGGUGUGGUGAUGGGUCUUGCGUGGACGGCAAUGGGCGGUUCAGCAUUAUAUAUUGAAACGGCUAAGCGUAAAUUAAUGGAAGCGUUGGAUGGUGGGGAUGGGAAACAGUCUCCGGGUGAUGGAUCGUUGGAACUCACUGGUCAUCUGGGUGAUGUGAUGAAGGAAUCCGCUCGAAUAUCGCUUACUGUGGCACGGAAUUUUAUAAAACAAUCGGAUCCCUCUAAUAACUUCUUGGAAUCUAGUCACAUUCACCUACAUGUCCCUGAAGGAGCUACACCGAAGGAUGGACCUAGCGCAGGUGUGACGAUCGUUAGUGCAUUGCUUUCACUGGCCAAAGGUCAACCCAUUCGACAGAAUGUAGCAAUGACCGGGGAAGUUUCCCUGAUGGGAAAAGUGUUACCCGUCGGAGGAAUCAAAGAGAAAACGAUAGCAGCCAAGCGGAGCGGUGUUAGAUGCAUAAUUUUACCGGAGGAGAAUAAGAAAGACUUCACUGACUUGCCCAGCUUCAUUACGGAAGGGUUAGAAGUACAUUAUGCUAGCACCUACGCAGAUGUUUACCGAAUUGUGUUCCCUGAGGCUUAGAGGUAAUAUUUCUUUGUUAAAGUGUUAUGGACAAGUGGUAGUUUAUUGAAUGCGAAUAGGCUGAACCAUUAAACCAAUGAUAAACCAUA